AGCCACCUUUUUGCAGCUGCGCUCACCACCAUGACUGGUUUGUCGCUUUUGCUUGGCUUGCUAUAUGUGCAACAUUGCGAGUCGCUUUGCCUACCGGAUGCCGUGCUCCCGCAGAGCCGCGAGAACCUGGUGAACAAGGGCGAGAGCUACCCGGUGGGCCUGUGGCCAGGUGACUGGGCUGCUGCUUUUUUGGUCACCAAGCUUGUUCGUAUACUGAUUGAGGAGAAGCUGGGCUUCAACGUGACCGAGAACGGCCCAGGUGGGGACUCAUUGUCAGGAUUCUACGCGCUGACGGGCUGUGUCACUCCCAAUAACUUGGCUGAUCGCGGCUGUGGCCAGGCCUCCGUUACUUACAACCAUGCCAGCCUGGAGGGAUGGACUUAUGGCUAUGCCAGAGAUUGGGAUUACUUGCAGGUGACAUAUCCAUCCACCGCCCCUGUCAAUUUAGGCAACAGUGGCUACUAUGGCAGCGUGACAAUGUAUGUCGGAUCUACCGUAAUACGCAACGCGUAUGAGAGUGAAGGUCUGGCCCUUUCGUAUUAUCGCAGCUACAAUGUCACCUGGAACACACCGUGGAACCAUUUCACAGGCCUAGAGUCUCUGGACAGGAAUGAUUUGCUUCCGUGCAAUCGAACUCGAUUUUACUCCAGCAGUGCAGACAUGGAGCUGUAUGUUGAGCAAACCAAUGACGCAGCAGGGGUCGCCCAGCUGCCGGACGGGAAAUGGCAUGCUGUGUGCCCCGAUGGAUACUUUUGGCUGCCGCCGGGCUGCCGAGCAAACACAUCUCACUGCAUUCCGUUCUUCACCGGGGGCACUGGCUGGAAUGUGGAGGAGUGGAUGGUGAAGGCAACCUUGUGGAACAUGCCCGUUGCGGUGACAGUGGCAGCAAAUUGGGCCAGCUUUACUCAGUUGCCACUGAAGCACGACAGCAUUUUCUACUGGUGGACCCCGGAUCCGACUUUCUUGGAGUUGAGUCCGGCAGCGAUUCUGUUUCCGCCGUAUGAUGAGACAGCUUGGAGUAAAGGAGAUAAAAGCACGGGAAGCCACAUGGGAUCCAUUGACAAAUACGUGAGCAAAGAUCUGGUGCUGCUCGCGCCGAAUGUCCAGGAGCUGAUUUCGAAUUUCCGCAUUGAUUUGGGCAAUCUUGACAACAUGCUGCUGGAGAACAAAAUAUCUGGAGAAGCAAUGGAAGAUACGGCUUGCCGCUGGCUCAAGAACAAUCCAGGUUCUUGGGACACAUGGCUGCCGGAUGUCACCAAGUGCUUUCCUGGUUUUGGCCUCUACAGCAGCGAGACGAACACGUUUGUGCCAAACAGACAGAAUUUCAGCAGUGUGGCAUGCAUCGCAUGCGAGUCUGGAAGAUUUUCCAAGCAGUUCAUUGAUGACAAGGGCGUCACGUUCGUGUGCGAGAUCUGCCCGAUUGGAACGAGCCAGCCAUCAGGAGCAUCAUUGUCUUGUGAGCCUUGCUCACCUGGCGAGUACCAGGACGACGAGGGCAGUUCGACUUGCAAGCGCUGUCAAAUCGGUGACUACGAGGAUGAACGGGGCUCUUCCACGUGCAAAAGCUGCCCAUCGGGGUCUUGGACUUUGGGCUUGGGAUCUGUGACGAUCUCUGACUGUGGAUGCCAGGCAGGAGCCAUUGAUGUCGGCGAAGGCAAUCUCAGCUGCGCCACCUGUUCUGAGGGACUCAACUGCCCGCCGAUGUCAAGCGAGGAGAGUUUGAAGAGUGGCACAGCGGAUUUGGGUGAUGCCUACGUGCCACAACUGAAGCCGGGCUUCUUCAGCACGAUCGCUCAGCCCUUGGAAGUUUACAAGUGCGGCAAGGUGAUUCAAUGCCCUGGCGGGCCUCCAGGAUCCUGCGCAGGAGGCCUUUCUGGAAUUCCGUGCGCAGAAUGCCUCGAAGGCAUGACUUGGAAUGGUGGAGAGUGCGUGCAGUGCCAAGACUUCCAGAGGGCUAUGUGGGUGCUCACUCUAUGUGCAGUCUUUGCAUUCCUGACCAUGGCUUAUUACCUGUUGACUUCGAAGGUAUCUGCAAAGGCUUCUGUCCUGUUCACCACGUCGCUUGCGAUGGGCAUGGCUGUCACAACCUUGCAGUCCAUUGGCAUCAUUUCCAUGAUGACAGUGGAGUGGCCCGUUGACUUGAAAGGGGUCUUCGGCUGGUUGCAGAUAUUCAUCUUGGACAUCGACAGCUUCGCCUUCAGUUGCCUCGCCGGUUCUACCACAUCUCUGCGUUACAUUGGCAGUGUUGUUUUCUUUCCUGCUGCCCUGAUCUGGAUACUGGCUUCGUAUCUCAUGAGCCAGCUCCUGCCAGCCAGCCGCCGUUGGGAGUGGGCCAAAACACUUUCCCUGAUGGGUCAGUUCUUGCAGGUCGGCUUCAGCACCAUGAGCACAAUUGCAUUGGCGCCGCUGAUGUGUUACACGCAUCCCAAUGGGCAGCAAAGCAUUCUAAAAUAUCCCAACGUGAUUUGCGGGGAGCCAACGCACACUGCGAUGAUGGUGGCUGGAUCGCUUCUCUUAUCGAUCGGGUGUUUCGGCUUUGUGGCGAUAUGCACAUACGUCGCCUUCAAGGUGCCAGUGUGGAGUUCCAUGGAAAAGCACAAGCGGGUGCAAAGCGCCCGGUUCCUGCUAUUCCGCUUCCGCUUGGACAUUUGGUGGUAUGGAGUACCCCUUCUGAUCCGAGGCCCCUUGCUUUCAUUGCCCAUCGUGCUGGCCACGGACGCGCCGCCUGUGCAAGUGAUAAGUGUCUCUGUGGUCCUUAUGACGUUUCUUUGCCUUCAAGCAGUCAUGUGGCCUUGGAAAGUGCCACUGAUCAACGCCGUCGACUGCUGGUUGGGCUUCUGUAUCAUGCUGCUUGUAAUUUCAUCGUCUCUCCACUUGGACCACAGCCCGGAGCAGUUUCAGGACUUCGCAAGACUGUUCUCCACAGCUGUGAUGAGUCUCAUUGGUGGAGCUUUGUUCCUGAUGGCACUCAUGACGCUAACAGCGUUGGCUCUGCGUUCGGUUGCCUUGGGUGGCAGCCAGGACCUGGCUAUUUUCAAUCUGGGCAGACCUGCGCCGGCCGCCCUUGUGUCGCAAAGGCUGCAGGAAACCGCCGAAGAGUUGAUGAAUAUUCCACGCGAGCAUCUCACCAAAAUCCUGAAUGGACUCGGCGUGCUUGACAAUCGCAAGAUCACCGACUGCCUGACUCUGCUGUCAACCGAGAUUACCUCCAACCCUGCAAAGUUCGGCCCAAGAAUCAGCUCCUCCUCUUUCAGCGGUGUGAGCAAUAAGUUUCCUAACGCGGAAAAGGCGACUGCGCCAAAGCCUGUGACAGGCAAAGCCCCGGACAAUCCCCAGAUUCAGCCAGUGUCAAAUGCCCCAGCGCAGCUGGCAGCUUUUGGGGCCCAGCUGCAAACAACUUGGCUGUAGCGAUUGGCGACUGGCCCGUUUUCCGUCCGGGCAAUGCCCGGAUUCAGCCAGUGUCAAUGUUCUAGAUACCCCAGCACAGCCGGGCUCGGUGUGUUCAUCGGUGACUGGCAAUUAGCCUUACACAUUG